GUGCUAAUACUUGUAUCCCUCACUAUCUUUGUAUCCCUCACCAUCCUUAUUGUGCUUGUUCUGGCGCUUGUUAGCUUUUGGCUACCCCUAAUUAAACCUGAUACAGAAAAACUUUCCCCCUACGAGUGCGGAUUUGAUCCCCUCGGCUCCGCCCGUCUUCCUUAUUCCAUGCGAUUUUUUCUUGUCGCUAUCCUUUUUCUCUUGUUUGACUUAGAGAUUGCUCUUCUUCUACCUUCCCCAUGAGCCAUGCAACUCCCCGACCCAACUAUGACCACCCUCUGAGCUUCAAUUAUCCUCUUCCUUCUCACUGUCGGCUUUAUCUACGAGUGACUUCAAGGAGGACUUGAGUGAGCUGAAU